AGGCAGUCGGAAAAAUUGGCCUUUUUCCCAUCCGCUGGACCCUCUCAGCACGUAGAACGAUCAAACCACAGUCAACCCAAAGAACGAAAUGAACACCUUAACGACAUCGUUUUCCACGCACCACUCCUACUCCCACACCCCAUCCACUUUCCACACUACCCUUACCCCGAUUCAAUCCCUCUCCUUUCGCACUCCCAAUCACAAUUUCAGACUCUUAUGUUUCUCUUCAGAUCCCUCUCAUUCGCUGCCGGUCGUUGUCGUCGGCUCUGCCAAUGCCGACAUUUACGUAGAGAUCGACCGCCUCCCGUUAGAAGGCGAGACACUCGCUGCAAAGUCUGGCGAGACGCUUGCCGGCGGCAAAGGCGCCAAUCAGGCUACGUGCUCCGCCAAGCUCUCCCGUCCGACCUACUUCAUCGGACAAGUUGGUGAUGACGCUUAUGGUAGCCUCGUCACCGGCGCGCUUCGUAGCGGCGGUGUUCGCCUUGACAGUCUGACGGUGGUUCCGUCCGUGCCCACUGGUCACGCCGUUGUGAUGCUCCAAUCCAAUGGCCAGAACUCCAUCAUCAUCAUUGGGGGUGCUAACUCGAGUGGUUGGCCCAGUUCCCUGGCACGUCAGCAUUUGGACCUCGUGGCCCAAGCCGGCAUUGUUUUGUUGCAGAGGGAGAUACCCGAUUAUGUCAACGUUCAAGUGGCGCAGGCUGCGAGGAAUGCUGGCGUGCCUGUUGUGUUGGAUGCGGGAGGAAUGGAUGGACCACUUCCACCGCAAUUAUUGAAUUUUGUUGAUAUUUUGAGUCCUAAUGAAACUGAACUUGCUCGCAUUACUGGAAUGCCGACUGAAAGUUUUGAACAGAUUGCACAGGCUGCUUUGAAAUGCCAUGAAUUGGGAGUUAAACAAGUUCUUGUGAAACUUGGGCAUAAAGGAUCUGCCCUUUUUGUAGAAGGAGAAAAACCAAUUCAGCAGCCGGCCAUAUUAGCUAAAACAGUCGUUGAUACAACUGGUGCUGGUGAUACUUUUACUGCCGCUUUUGCUGUGGCCUUAGUUGAGGGCAAGUCCAGAAAGGAAUGCCUCAGAUUUGCUGCUGCUGCAGCUUGUCUUUGUGUUCAAGUUAAGGGAGCCUCUCCCAGCAUGCCAGAUAGGAAUUCUGUUUUGGAUCUACUUAAUCGUCAAUGAAAAUACUUGCAAAAGCGGUCACAAUUGGGAUCAGGAACAGAAAUAACUGUGUAUGACAGGGAAAGACUUCAAGAUGGCAGCAAGGAAAACCAAAAUCUUUUACAGAGCAAGGAAAACGCUUAACCCUUUGACAAUGAAAGCAAAAUCAAGACAAUAGGAAAAAAAAUGUUCUAAACGAUGUUUGGUGUAAGAGAACAAAAGAAAAUAGUUAUCUUCCUCUUUGUUUGGUGAGACGAGUGUUGAAAAAUUAACAAAGUGAAAGAUAUAUCUAUCCUGAAACAUCUCUUUAUUCAUACCAGGAUCUAAAAAAAACGUGUGCCUAGAGGUAAUCAUUUGUUCGACAUUGAUUUUAGUGUGUAAACUGAAUACUUUCUUAAAAUUGAUAUAUCUUUUUCAUA